UUCAGGCUGGAACACACAGAGGAACAUGUGGAGGAACACAGAGGAGAACAGAGCAGGGUCUCCAUCACCCAGCUGUGUUUCUAUGAAGAGUGACCGGUCCAAAGAUCCUCCUCUAUGGUUCAGGAAUGAUCCUGGAGCAGCAGAUCUAAGACAGACGAAGAGGAUCAACGUUACUGAGGAGGAGCAGCUGAACUGCUGCACUUUAUGCCAGAACCUCCUGAUGGAUCCAGUCUCUACCAGCUGUGGACACCGGUUCUGCAGACAGUGCUUCAGGUCCUACAGGGUCCAGUCUGCUUCAUCAGGAUCCUCCUACUCCCCCCAGUGUGGGAAAAGAGCCAGAACCGGAGCUGGACCGCUGACAGCCAAUCAGAGCAGCUGUGCAGCAGCAGAUGCAGGUGUGCAGAAGGUUCUAGAGGAACAUCAGAUCAGUCUGAGGAGGAGAUGUGAACAUGUGGCUGAAGGAAGUGAUGAAACAGGAAGUAGAACCCUCCUCAACAGGAUCUACACUGAUAUCUACAUCACAGAGGGACAGAGUGAAGAGGUUAAUACCCAACAUGAGGUGAAGCAGCUGGAGAGAGCUUCCAAGAUCCAGAACUUCCAUGGUUCUCCAAUCAGGUGCCAUGACAUCUUUAAAGCCGUCCCUGACCAAUAUGGAGCCAUCAGAGUGGUUCUGACCAACGGCGUUGCUGGUGUUGGAAAAACCUUCUCAGCGCAGAAGUUCACUCUGGACUGGGCAGAGGGCUUGGAGAACCAAGAUGUCAGUGUGGUGGUUCUGCUUUCCUUCAGGGAGCUGAACCUGAUCAGAGAUCAGCAGCACAAAGGAAACAUCAUGUUCUACCAAGAGGACCUGGAGCAGUGUGGUCUGGAUGUCACAGAGGCCUCUGUGUACUCAGGAAUUUGUACAGUGAUCUUCCAGAAACUAGUCUACUGCUUUGUUCAUCUGAGCAUCCAGGAGUUUCUGGCUGCAGUCUACAUGCUCCACUGCUUCACCAGCAGGAACACAGAGGUGGUGGAGAACUUGCUGGGAGGACAACACAGAGAAACAUCUCUGGAGGACUUCAUGAAAAAAGUCAUGGAGAAAUCCCUCAGGAGUCCAAAUGGCCACCUGGACCUGUUUGCUCGCUUCCUUCAUGGCCUCUCUGUGGAGUCCAACCAGAGCCUCUUAGGGGGCCUGCUGGGUCAGAUGGAGAACAGUCCAGGAACCAUCCAGAGAGUCAUCAACAAUCUGAAGGAGAUGAACACUGGUGGAGUCUCUCCUGAUAGAAGUAUCAACAUCUUCCAGUGUCUGAUGGAGAUGAAGGACCUCUCAGUUUAUCAGGAGAUCCAACAGUUCCUGAAAUCAGAGAACAGAUCAGAGGAGAAGCUCUCAGAGAUCCAGUGCUCAGCUCUGGCUUACAUGCUGCAGAUGUCAGAGGUUCUGGAUGAGUUAGACCUGGAGAAGUACAACACAUCACACGGAGGACGGCUUAGACUGGUUCCAGCUGUGAGGAACUGCAGAAAGGCUCGACUUGGUGGCUGUUUUCUCAAUGAGGCUGAAUGUGAAGUUGUGGCCUCAGCUCUGAAGUCCAACCUUCAUCUGACUGAAGUGGAAAUAGAGACGAUCAUUGGAUCCUUUGGAGACUCUGAUAUGAAGCAUCUGAGUGAGAUACUGGAGAGUUCAAUCUGCAAAGUGAAGAAACUGGAGUGAGUUUUCUCUGUUUAUUCAAUCUAAAUCAUUCACUGAUACUUUAAUGCUGAUUUUAAUUCAUCAUUUUAUUCUAAUAUAUUUUCUUUAAAAACAGCUGCUGUCCAAAUGUCAGAAUAACAUUUCUCAGACUUUUUACCUUGUAAAUGAAUUAAUUUCCUGCUCCAGAUGUUCUAAAUAUUAAACUUUAUU